GUGUAUGGCCAACAUGCCAACAUCUCCGGAACUGAAACAUAAAAAAUUUGCAUUAAUUACUAGAAUUAAACUCUCUAUUUAAACACCUUCUACCAUUCUUAUGUUUUCAGAGAAAAAAAAUAAAGCAAAGGCAUAGCAGAAAGAGCUCUCUUCAGUCCUAGAUUGAGCCAUCUCCCUCCCCAGCCCUUCCCUUCCCAACUCAGUAACACUCUCUCAUGGCUCCAGAACUUGUUCAACCUGGUGUUAAACCAACCGGUUUCGCAAUGCCAGUCACGCUGCCUAUCCUGGCUUAUGUUACGUUCUUGGCUGGCAAUGGAGACUAUGUGAAAGGUGUUGUAGGGUUAGCCAAAGGGUUAAGGAAGGUGAAAUCCGCAUACCCAUUGGUGGUUGCCGUUUUGCCUGACGUGCCUGAGGAUCACAGGCGGAUCCUUGUGAACCAGGGUUGUAUCGUCCGAGAAAUCGAACCCGUUUACCCGCCUGAGAACCAGACCCAGUUCGCAAUGGCUUACUACGUCAUCAACUAUUCCAAGCUCCGCAUUUGGGAGUUCGUGGAGUAUAGUAAGAUGAUAUACCUGGACGGAGACAUUCAGUUAUAUGAAAACAUUGAUCACUUGUUUGAUUUGCCUGAUGGGCAUUUCUACGCGGUAAUAGACUGUUUCUGUGAGAAAACAUGGAGCCACACCCCACAAUACAAGAUAGGUUAUUGCCAACAGUGCCCUGACAAGUUCAAGUGGCCUGCCGAGAUGGGUCAUCCCCCUUCUCUUUACUUCAAUGCUGGCAUGUUUGUGUUCGAACCCAGCCUUACGACCUAUGAAACUCUCUUGAACACCCUCGAAAUCACCCCUCCUACCCCUUUUGCUGAGCAGGACUUUUUGAACAUGUUCUUUAAGGACAUUUACAAGCCAAUUCCUUUGGUCUAUAACCUUGUUCUUGCCAUGUUAUGGCGUCAUCCCGAGAAUGUGGAGCUUGACAAAGUGAAGGUUGUUCAUUACUGUGCGGCUGGAUCAAAGCCAUGGAGGUACACAGGGAAAGAAGAGAACAUGCAAAGAGAAGACAUCAAGAUGCUUGUCCAGAAAUGGUGGGACAUUUACAACGACGAGUCACUUGAUUGCAAGAAACCAAUCAUUUCUGAAGGAGAGGCUGAGCCCAUGAACCUGCAACCAUUGUUGGCGGCACUCUCAGAAGCUGGUGCAGUCCAAUACGUGGCUGCUCCAUCAGCGGCGUAAACAUGACCAGCUCUUUUUCGGAAUAAAGAAAAAAAAAAACAGCUACUACUUGUAGAUAAAUGAAGAGUCAACGGGGGAGCGAAUUCCUUUUUCACAUAUUGAAAACGAAGGUGGUCCGAAACAGCGAUUGAGGAAUAAAAGCUUCU